AUGUCAAAAAUCUCUUCCCAACUAUUUUGCAAUCUAUAUGGAACGGCUGUCAAUCCUUUGGUCCUUAAAUGUGUGCUGUGCCUCCUACUGGAUCCACUCCAUCUUCGUCCUGCGUCUUUUCAACGACCCUGUAGCCAUGAUGAUGCUGUUUGGGGCUGUCAAUCUGUUCCUGGACGGCCGCUGGACUCUGGGCUGUGGCCUCUACAGGCCUGGAGAGAGCAUCAUGGAACUGCUGAAGGAGCCAGGCAAGCGAGUCAUCCCUGCCCAGAAACUCACCUCAGAUCAAUUGGUGCUGAUCCUCUUCACGUCUAACUUAAUCGGCAUGUGCUUCAGCCGCUCGCUGCACUACCAGUUCUACGUAUGGUACUUCCACACCCUACCUUUCCUUCUCUGGAGCGGAGGGGUCAAGAAGCUGGCUCACCUACUCAGGGUUUUGAUCCUAGGCCUGGUGGAGCUGUCUUGGAACACCUACCCCUCUACCACAUACAGCUCAGCAGCCCUCCACGUGUGUCACCUCAUCAUAAUACUCUCCCUGUGGUUCGCCCCCGCCCAGCCCCCAGCCCCGGCCCCCGGGGUAGAGGACAAGGCCAAGAGCAAGUGAGCUUAGCCCCUAGGGGAUCCUCCCGUCAUGGGGGUCUGGUCGACCAUCUCCACCCUGCUCUCACCCCAGGCUGCUUCUCACCCUUCGCCCUUUCUUGCCCAUCUGGCUGUAGCUCUGUGCUAAUGUAUAGCGUAACAUACAGGUGGGAGAAGGUACUGCAUGAGACUGCAUGUGGCAGGUUCGUGGGGUGGGAGGAGGCCGAAAACAAUUAGGAUUCUCAGGUUAAAGAAUGAAAUAUAAUAAAGGUGGCAGUCUAGUUGUGAGGAGAAAUGCUGAAUGCUUUGCUGUGUCGUCGAUAAGACAUCUUAAGGAAGGGUCUCUUACUUCCAGUAUGUAUUUUUAAUGGCGAAACUACCUUUAGUCCGUGAUUUGUCGUGUUAAGUAUUAUCACUGGUCUUGGUGAUAGUAGAGAAUAGUCAAACUGUUAGGACAGCAGUUCCUCAUCCUGGCGAUCAGCUGGUCUGAACUUCUGUUACUGGACUAUUUGUUGGUGUAAAGAUCCUGGUCCUCUGUAGCUCAGUUGUUAGAGCAUGGCGCUUGCAAUGCCAGGAUAGUAGGUUCAAUUCCAGGGACCACCAUGUGUAAAAAAAUAAAUAAAAUAAUAAUAAUAAUAUGCAUGACUCAGUCGUUUUGGAUAAAAGCUUCUGCUAAAUGGCAUAUUAUAUUAAAGAUGGUUUCUAUGUUUUUGUCCUUAAAGCUUUAAAUUGAACCGUCCUCUGCGAUAAGCUUUUGGUGCCACCCAUUGGGUACAAUAGGAAUUACGUAGCCUAGCAAGCACAAGGCUUACUAUAGGCUAAUACAUAAUAAUAAUAAUAAUAAUAAUAAUAAUAAUAAAUGGCAUUUCAUAUAACAAUAUGACCAUGCAAAACUAAGCUGUUGACAAUCAUGGAUGUCUGUCGAUUAGUUUUUUUUAAAUGUUCAAAUAGUUUUUGGUUUUCAGUGUGGUGUGUGCAGUAGAACAAAUAGAAGGCCCGUUUCCCGCACCUAGAUUAAGCCUACCCCUUGACCAAACACGCACUGUACUUAUUUUAGGCUAAGAAUAGAGAUAGUUCAGUGAGAUAACGUAUUUCGAUAUUUUGCUGAGCUGUCCCUUUAAUCUGAGUACCGAACUGUCCCUUUAAUCUGAGUACCGAACUGUCCCUUUAAGUGUGAACUUUUCUAAUUAGCUGCCAUCGAUGAUGUUUACCAUAGUUUAGUGCUCAUAUUUGUUUGUUGAUAGUGUAUGUUUGAUUUGCAUGAGUGUUUGUGUUACACAUGAAGACAGAGAUUGGAGAUUUAUUCCAAAGGUGUUUUAUCCUGUUGAUAAAGAGAAAAUAAAAUGCAUAUCUGUGUAAAGAAA